GAAUAUAAAAAUUUCAAAAAAUUUAGGAUACUGAACGCGGAACUCGCAGCUGCAUAUAACGAUCUGAAUAAAGAAUUUGAGAGCCAUAAAGCGGAGCAUGGUUCUGUGGUUGUUUCAAAUCGGGAUUUAAGUGCUCGCAUUGACGCAUUGAAAGCGAAUCUCAUUGAAUAUGAAGAGCGUUACGAAUUGUGUCGAAAUGAGAAUGCUGAAACAGUGCAGCAGCUCGAGAAGCUUUCAAACGAUUUUGAUCGUCUACGACUAUCAUUAUCAAAAAACACCGCGGUGGAAGUGGUAUGUUCCAGUUUACGUCCUGGAAUGAGUGUAUUUUUUGAGGAUGAACUAAAAAGGCUUCGUACUGAAUUGGAUGUCUCGAAGGGUGAUCGAGAGAAGUUGCGCGCUGAUGUUGAACGCUUCCGCGCAGCUAUUGGUGUCAUCGAUAAGGAACUGAAUAGAUUACGGGAAUCCAAUGAUAAACUGAUGGCGGACAACAAGGCUUUGGGUUCCAGCUUGGAAAGGUUCACCGAAAUCCGUAACAUGCUUGAGAACAGCGAUAGCGAAUUAAGGAGCCUUCGGGAGAAGUUUGUGCAGCUUCAAGAGGAACACCAGUUGAAGGAGCAAGAAUGGCGUGAACAGCUCACAGCGUUGACCGAAGCCCGCGAUGAAGCAAAACGACAGUUGGAGGAGUUUCAGCGGCAGGCAGAGCAAGCAGCCGUGUGCGAUAUCCGCUCAUCAGAUGACACUCCAUCCACGGAAUUAGUUGAAUUAAAAACCGAAGGAAUCAAAAGUACAGCGACAAGCAGCGAAGGAACUGCGGACUCAAAUAAUGGCUGGGAAAAGGUUAAUACUGAUCGUUAA